GUAAAAAUGCUACGGUUCUUGUUGCUAACAACGGUCUUCGUCGUCUUGACGUCAGCAGAUCACUACCAUUCAGGAGGCUAUAGCAGCUAUGGAGGCGGCCAGCACGGCUAUGGCGGCGGCAAGGGCUUCGACUUCGGCGCCAUUUUCUCCAAAAAGAAGAAUUUCUUGUAUAAUCUCAAGCAUAAGCUUGGGAAGAUAAUAACAAAAGUGAAAGAGCCAUUCAUACGGAUAAAAGGAGAGCUCCUGCGAAAAGGAGGCCACUUGCUGACGCAGAAAGGCUACAAACUGAUAGAUCUCGCGAAUGAGAUCACAACAAAGCACAACCACGGUGGCUAUGGAGGCUAUGGAGGAUAUGAUGGAGGCUUCGGUGGAGGCUACGACGGGGGCUUCGGUGGAGGCUACGACGGCGGCUAUGACAGGGGUGGCGGUUACGAAGAUUACUCAGACUCCGGCUGGGAGUCAGAUUGGGAGGAGGAGGAGGAGUGGACUAACGACUACGACUCCGGCUUCUCCUCCAGUUCCGGAGGAUACUCCGGAGGAUCCUCCAGCUCCGGAGGAUACUCUGGAGGGUCCUCAUCCGGCGACUUCCACUCGGGCCCAUCACCGAGCCAUUCGGCAGACCACUCUGGCUACUCCUCCGGAGCUCAGACCUCUGGAGGUCACUCAUUCGGAGGUGCCUCCGGUCAGGGACACGCCAGUUCUUCCGGCAACCGCUUCAACAGCGUCAACACGGGAUCAAAUGCUUAUAGUGGGACGUCCAGUCGUCCACAACAAGCUGCCAACUUUGCUGCUCCCCAGCCAACGUUCAACUCCUUCCAGCCCAUGGCUCCAUCUCGCGUGAGACAGAUUCAGAACAGUUUGGGGUACUCGCAGGCGCAACCGGUUACGGCCUCUUCCAGACCUAUAUCGCGACCGUCCGUGCAACCGUCGUCGCAGACAACUGGCGCCACCUAUAAUGGAAUUCAACGGCCGGCAGGUGGCGCACACAGCGGUCAAAUUACGAUUCAAAGGCGGCCAAUUCAGCCACAAGUUGUGACUACGCUGAGGCCAGUGUUUUCACAGGCGACGCCCAGUAACCAGUUUAGACCACUACCGCUUAGCAACACACAGCAGAGUGUGGCUAAAGGUGGCGCCACUGGUAAUAUAGGUGUCGCUAGUCUCUCCCGCGCUCCGGUCAAGGUCAACUCUCAGGGGUUCUCAAACCAGAAUCGGGUAAACGCACUAACGACGAACGCGAUUGAAAACUCCAGUGGACAGAGCAGACUUCCACUGAGAACGCUCUCAAAUCAGAACACGUUUAACGGUAUCCAAAACUCUCAGCAGUUUGUGACGCCGUCGUCUGGACUCCAGACUGUCCAGGUAGGGCCUCUGACCAAUGGUGGAGUGUCCUCCAGUUUGGGACCCGUGCGACAAGUCUUCCCUGCCCAGGGAAACUCCUUAGGCACAUCCUCUCAGCUAGGGAGCAACAUCAUCACAGGGAAUCAGCAGACAAGAUUCAUCAACAACGGCUUCCAGCAGGGCACUGUAUUUGGAAGCAGCGUCCAGCAAGCCAAUGUGAACAAUGGAGGCUUCUCACAAAACGGUUUUGUCAAUGGUGGGCUUCAACAGGGAAACACGUUCAUCAAUCCAGUAAGCCAGCAGCAAAGUGGGUUUACAACAGGAGUCAAUCAGCAGAAUGCAAACCUCAUCAACAAUGGCUUCCAGCAAGGCAACGUUGUAAACACGAACCAGCAGGAGAACGUCGUCACUGCCAACAGGCUCGUCAACGUUCUAUCAAGCAGCCAAUAUCAGCAGCCUCUUCUCGGCGUUACUCAGCUAGGCAAUACCGGAACCAACUCUGUCCAGACCAACAACAACAUUCUGAGCAGCGGCAGCCUGCUGACCACUUCAAAUGGCCAACAGGGAUACCGAUACCCAGACGCUGGUCUCUCGCCUUCCCUUCAAACAACGACAGCAGCGUCCUCUAUAACAAACAACGGACAGGUGGCGUCAUCUACCUCGGAUGACCAGAUAUCGGGCGUAAUUGAUAUUCGAACAGUUGGAAGUGCGGACGGUCUUCUACAGCCGACAGGAUCCAACAUCACGCCAGCUUUUACACAGACAGCUCCCACCGCAAUAGACAAUGCUAGCGGGAAUGGUUUCAAUGGCGGGAGUACCGUCAGCGCAAUCAGCACGAGCAGUGACGUUGGCGGCAACUCAAACAACUUCGUCAGCGUGAACUCAGACAACUUGAUCACCAGCAACGGCGAAGCCGCUAUAAAUGAUGAAUUCAUCAGCAUUAUCAGCGACGAUCUCAAUAACGUCGGUUCGGAUGAUUCAACCAACCUCAUCUCUGGAACUCUGGAUAGCGGCACAUCAUCAGAUUUCAACACAGAUGUAAAUGGAGAAACCACGAAUGGCGACUCCUUCGAUGACUUCAAUGACGUCACAGGGAGCAGCGACGUCACUAGCACAAGGUCUCAGAGCAGCGUUUUUGACGAGGGCCUGUUUUCACUCCUUGAUUCUGCUGACUUUUCCUCUGUCGAACCGGACCUCACUGGUCCUUCCAGCAGUGACGUCAUAACCAGCACUUCUGACGCCACAGCUGCCUUUGAUGACGUCACAAAUGGUGGACAAUUCAUCGUUGACGGCAUGACCUUCGAUGAAAACGGCGUAUUUACGCUCGAACUAGUUGAGGCACCUAUCCAGGGAAACCUUCGCUCCUCUGUGGCCGAAUUCGACCUGGGAAACCUCCAGAACAAUGGACGAAUAUCCAGUGUCGAGAGCUUCAUCGACCAAGACCAGUCUCGUGCUGAUUCCUCAAAUGUUCAGGGUGAUGCAAACACAGCGACAUCUCUUGGUGACUCAGACAACUACGACGACUUUUCCUCCUUCGACAUGUCGACGCUGGAUUUUGAAGACGCGUCUAAAUUCGACUCGCUAGACGUAACUAAUCCGUCUCUAAUCUAUGACGAUCCGCCUUCCAGCUCAUCUGACCAAGCAGACGACUCGUCUGCGGCCACCCUGUUGGCGUCCGCUGGUGCCGGUGGCUCAGUGCUGUCAUCUAGUGAGCGGCAGGAGAAACAGACGCGGAAGAGGGACGCCUUCUGGUCACAAUGGCUCCCGGGCAGGUUUGCACACUGACACGAUGAAGAAACAACGCAUCGUGAACAUAAUAUUGCAUUGUAUUUGUCGUCUUCUGCUGGUAAUAUGGUAAUAUGAUCAAUCAAAAACCGACCCGAAGCAAAGGACAUGUGCGGAUGUCACAUGUUACAUGAAGUAAAGUAAAACUUGUGCACAUUGCACAGCUGAAGACUUGUGCAUUGGUGGCUUUUGUGCACGCUUCUGCAGUGUUCAGUUGAAUAAGUUUUUUACAUAGCUGACCUUAAGUUUGUACGGAACAGGUGUUCACUAAAGAGAAUAAAGUGUGGCCCGAACAGGACAUACUGCUGUAUUUACAUGAAUAGAUGGAGAGUUGUGCGUUUUGCUGAUAAUCGCGCUGUUCUUAUGAAGGCGCCUUUUGACCACGGCGAGUACCUACCUAUGCGUAUACGCUAUGGUAUACGCCACGCUACGCCAUGGUCGCGAUAUGGUAGCAACAAUGGUGCAGUCGUUAUAUACUACUGUGUAAUGUGCGCCACCCUCGCGUAUCUAGACAAACCCAGUGCUAAACCAGUGUUGAUUUUGUGGAGACUACGCGUGUGUUAUAGCAUAAGCAUUUGACGAGUCUAGUGCUAAGCUAGCGUUGAUUUCAUGGCAAGCUUCGUGCGUGUGAAGCAUCGUGCUUUUGCUUGCGUGAGUAAUGUACAGUGUAUAGCGUUUACCAACUGUGUUGUGCUGCUGUGGCCAGAAGCUGCGAAUUUGCUUCAGAUAUGUCAUUAUUUACGAAAGACUGAGCUGAUCAGAAACAAAAGGUAAAAGUGAUCUAUGUCUAAUACUCAAAAAUCGAGAUGCAAUGCUUGUUCUUCAUAAAAGUAUAAACAGCUUCUUUUUUCUGCAGAUAGCUUUAUCUCAAUAAUGUGUGGAAGUAACUGGUUUCGACGAAGGGCAAAGUAAUCAAGUCAUCCCUAUUUAUAAGGCUCUCCAUCUGCCUCAAGAAGAAUUCAAAAACUUGUUUUACACGAAUGCGUACUUACCUGUCAAUAAAACAUCGUAGUAUCUAAUAAGCGUCAGAGAAAGAACAUAAUAAAUCAAGUGCUAAUGUGGUAGAUAAAUCGUGAUGACUAGAUAAUCAUGCUUUUCGCAGUUUUGCCUGCUUUGUAGCUCAUCGUAUUGUCUGUUAUUUAUUUGUUAUAGUGCUGGCAAUGUCUUGUGUGAAAUGUCAGUGUGCGGCAGCUGUUGUUAACGUUGAUCGCCUGGCAGUUGAGAGAAAAUAUACGAAAAAUAUCA